GAAAAAUCAAACCAAACAAAAACAACACAUCAACAACACCAAAUCAACAAGGAUGCAACAGUAUUUUGUACUCUAGUUUAGCUUACAGUCUGGUAAAUUUUGAUAUUAAUAUUGGAGCUUACAUGUAGAUUAUGGAUGUUCAUAAAAAUUGUUUGUUCAUUUUAAACAGCUGAUUUUGAUUGACUUACCUAUUGAUAUCUAUUGAUAGUAAUAUUUUCAAGGCUGGCCAAACACAUAAAAAAUAGUUUUUGUCAAAGAACAUAGAAAUCCUACUUCUACCAAAGAGGAUUGGAAAUUCUCAUGGCAGGGAAAUGAGGGAGGACUUAUUCAUAGGGACAAGUCAAUCUGCAAGACCAAGAAUCUUUUGUACUUUGCUAAAGCCAAACAAAUGGUCAAGCACAAAUGUAGUCUGAGCUCAGUAGUCUGCUUCAGCCCAAAGCCUCGGAGCCAGUACAGUGAGCAUUUUGCUUGCUUAGGAAACAUGAGCUCUGUUGCUAUUGCGGCACAGUUAUCUUGUUCAGACACAAAUGGCGUGCUAGGGAAAGUCCAUACAAGGACACAGUCAAAUAACCUCUUUUUUACUAUUGGCAUAAGUGUAAUAGCUUCUCAGAAAUGGGCUCCUCACAAACUAAUUUGUGGAAAAGAUUAAUUUUAAUGGCAGAUUUAUGCAAAGGAAAUCAAGAGGGCAAAAUGUCAAGAACAUAACUGGCUUGUGUGGAGGAAAGAGCAAGAGAAACAUCAUAAGAAAGAAACAAGGGACUUCUGAAGUGAAAAAAUGUUGAAAAUUACCUUCUUGAUAAUAACAGAAGAAAGUCCCAAAGAAAUUAAUAUGAAAAUGCAGCCCAAAGGAGAGUGGAAGUCUGUGUACAUUACCCACUAGGAGGCACAGUGUUUGCAUACUAGAAUUUAAAGUUAUUACUCAGGACACUAGAGUGUACUUACAAUGCUCUCAGAACACAGCAGAAGCAAAUUAAGAGAGAUGAAAUGGAUUAAUAAAAAAGCAAAUAAAAAGGCUGUAAAGUUCAAAUGAAGGGCCUAAUUCCAUUCCUAUUAAAAUAUAAACAGCCACAUUCCCAUUAAGUUCAGUAGGAGUAGUAUGAAGUAGAGUCCAUACUACAUCCUAAAAUCUGUACGCAUGGAAAAUGUAAUGAAAAAGCAGACAAUUAACUUUUUUUUUUUUUUACUUCUAGAUCUAAAAGGAAAAUAGGCAGAAUAAUGGACUAUAUUUGGGUUGCUUCCGUGGAAACAAGGACUUAGUUACUUUUUGUCUUCUAAAUCAUUGACGUUAGCACCAGCAACCCAGUCUCACGUCACAGGUGAAUAAAAGGCAAGUGGAGUCUGUGCUGUUUGUUUGCUCACAAAAACCUUUGCUGACAGAACACACUGAAGCUAUCCUCUCUUGAGAGUGCACCCCAAGGACCAUUUGCCUGCCACAUACUGGUUGAUAGCAAUAGGACUAAUUCUGCUGUGUUUCUUGUGUCAGCUUCUCAGUGUUUGCCUGGAAUUGACACUGGCUGUUCUCAGCAUUCCUCUGGCAAGUCCUAAAAAGCCACAUCAGCUGGAAGAUGCAAGGAGAAAUGCAGGGAAGAUCUGCAUAGAAGUUGCAAAAGAUCUCUGCAAAUGUAUCUAAAACUUUAUCUCUAUAAACACUUCCAAGACCGUAUGUCCAGAUGAGCACCUUGACCUCAUCCUGAUGUGUUCCUUAGGUAAGGUCUGAGCACAUUUCUGCCCCUUCUCUUAUCUUCCUGUGUCUUAGCUGGGAAGACAACUUGGCUGUACAGAAUGGCCAGAGCAAAAGGCAUCCUUUGGUUAGUCCUUGAUGUGUUCAUCUGGGGAAGCCAGGGUCCCAAGGCAGGCUGCAAAGUUUGCUGCAGCACUGCUAGUGUGAAUGUCCUUUGAAAUAACUGGGCAAGGCUGACUCUGAAGUUUGCAGUUAAAGGCUGAUUCACAGCAUUUUAUACCUCCUUUGAGACCGACCUGGGCUACAGGCGCAGGUGUCUGAGAAUGUGGCUGUAGCAAACCUCCAGUUCACCACUGAUCACUCUGAGAAAAUGGAAGGGACAUGCAUUCCUAGACAACAGAUCUUGCAGAUGUAUGGCCACUGAACGGUGGGUGUUCUGACCUCCAAUUAAGGACAUUUCAAUGUACAGUCUCUCUGGAGUUUCUGAGGAGCUCCAGCGGAAUUGUGCCUGCUGACGGUGUCUUUUCUCCUGAGGAAUUAGGGCAGCUCUUUACUGUCCCUGGCCUCAAUCGGACACAACUUGCUGACCCAUACUGUUUCUGCUGCUUCUCUGAAGAACUGAUUUUCUGUACAGGUUCAGUGCUUUGAAUUUAUUUUGUGAUGUGGUCUGUGUUUUGUGGGUCUUUGGAUAGGAAGCAGCUGUGACUUAACCACUGUUUAUCCCACAACUCCCAGUCAUCUUUACUGUUGCUUUAUUUUUGUGACAUUCAGUGGCUCUCCUCUGUCUUGUAUGCAAAUCUUUGACUCUUUGGUGUAGGGAUUUUUUUCUGUUUUGUUUGCUGAGCAUCUUGUACAGCUCUCUUGCUGAGGCACUGGGUUUCACUGUAGAGCAACAUCAGUAUUAACCAUGGUAAUGAAGUACCAAGAAUCAGCAGUACUCCAAAAUGGAAAAUAGCAACAUACUGCUUUUGAAUCUCGAAGGAGAGAGCAAUGAUGUGAGAGAAUUAAGUCCAGUCAAGCCCAAAGAUAUAAUUCCCAAGGGAAUGCGUUCCACCAACGUGGCACUUGUUGCAAACUAGAGUAUCACAAAGAUGAAAAUGCACUUUGCAGCAUGUCUUGCGUCACAUCUCUGACGUUUGUGAUUUACCCAAGGUCAGGGUAACAUUACCUUCUCUCAACCCCAGGUUGUUUGUUCUCCCUCUCUUUGACUGAGGGGAGUUUCACCUUUACUAGAUAUCUCUGUACACAAGCAAUUUGCUCCAUGGACAGAUUUACUCUCUCUCGAGGGUCUGUAAGAGUUUGCCUUUUUCCAAAGGCUACAUAACUACUAACACACUGAGGCAAACCCAGCUCCCGAUUCAUUUUACUUUCCCCGUUCUAAACGUUCCCAUUCGGAUCAUGAAACGAACAGAACAGGGCGUGGGCUGGAGGCGCGGGGCAGCGGCUUCACCUCCGUCCCGCGGGAGCGGCGGAGGCUGUGCGGCCCGGCCCCGGGGUGGUGCCGGCCGGCCGUGGGUCCCGCCCCGCUCACCUGUGCGGAUCGGAUGGCCGCGCUGCUCCCGCUCCAGCUCCAGCCUGCUCCUCGGAGGAUGAACGCGCCGAGGCUGCCGGCAGAGCCCGGCAGGGAGCAGGCUUCAGCUACAGAGGUACAAAUUGGGCCUAUGAGACUGACACAAGAUCCAGUUCAGGUUUUGCUGAUUUUCGCAAAAGAAGACAGCCAAAGUGACGGCUUCUGGUGGGCCUGCGACAGAGCUGGUUACAGGUGCAACAUUGCCCGGACUCCAGAAUCAGCACUUGAAUGUUUCCUUGAUAAGCACCAAGAAAUAAUUGUUAUAGAUCACAGGAACUCCAGAUAUUUUGAUGCAGAAGAUAUCUGCAGGUCUAUUCGUGCCACAAAGCCAUCAGAACACACUGUAAUACUUGCUGUGGUUCCACGCACAUCUGCUGAUCAAGAAGAGACUUCUGUUCUUCCCCUUCUUAAUGCAGGCUUUGAUAGGCGAUUCAUGGAGAAUAGCAGCAUAACUGCUUGUUACAAUGAACUCAUGCAAAUAGAACAUGGGGAAGCGCGGUCUCAGUUCAAAUUACGGGCAUGUAAUGCAGUAUUUACAGCAUUAGAACACUGUCAGGAAGCUAUAGAAAUAACCAGUGAAGAUCGUGUUAUUCAGUAUGUUAAUCCAGCUUUCGAGCAGAUGAUGGGGUAUCAAAAGGGAGAGCUCAUUGGCAAGGAAUUUACUGAGCUACCAAAAAGUGACAAAAACCGUGCAGAUCUGUCAGACACAAUCAACGCAUGUAUUAAAAAAGGAAAGGAAUGGCAAGGGGUUUACUAUGCAAGAAGAAAAUCUGGAGACAGUAUCCAGCAACAUGUGAAGAUAACACCAGUGAUCGGUCAAGGAGGGAAGAUCAGACACUUGGUAUCCCUCAAAAGGCUAUGUUGUACUAAUGAGAACAACAAGCAGCUCUGCAAGAGUCACCGCGAUGAGAAUUAUUCAGGAGACAAUUCUCAGUCAGAAUCCCAUUCCUUCAAAUGCAAGAACAGAAGGAAGGACUCAGCUGAUGUUAAGUCAAUAUCUUCACAAAGUAGUGACGCUCCAAGUUUACAGACCCGGCGGUACUCUUCUAUGGCAAGGAUCCACUCAAUGACAAUAGAAGCUCCUAUCACAAAGGUUAUUAACAUAAUUAAUGCUGCCCAGGAAAACAGCCCCAUCACUGUAGCAGAGGCCUUGGACAGAGUUCUGGAAAUCCUGCGGACAACAGAACUUUACUCCCCUCAGCUAGGGACCAAAGACGAGGAUCCUCACACAAGUGAUCUUGUUGGAGGUCUGAUGACUGAUGGCUUGAGAAGACUGUCCGGAAAUGAGCAUGUGUUUUCCAAGAAUAUGAACCUGAGCCAUAGUCACCUUUCAGUGCCAAAUACUAUCAGUGAUGUUCCACCUUGUAUUGCACAGCUCCUGGAUAAUGAGGAAAGCUGGGACUUCAAUAUCUUUGAAUUGGAAGCUGUUACGAAUAAAAGGCCACUAGUUUAUUUAGGCUUAAAAGUUUUUGGCCGGUUUGGGGUUUCUGAGUUUUUGAACUGCUCAGAAGCCACACUGCGAGCAUGGCUGCAGGUGAUGGAAGCCAACUACCACUCCUCCAAUGCAUACCACAACUCCACACACGCUGCGGACGUCCUGCACGCUACUGCCUUCUUUCUGGGAAAGGAGAGAGUUAAGGGAAGCCUUGGCCAUUUAGAUGAAGUGGCUGCAUUAAUAGCAGCCACCAUUCAUGAUGUAGAUCACCCUGGACGGACCAACUCUUUCCUGUGCAACGCAGGCAGUGAAUUAGCUGUCCUUUACAAUGAUACUGCUGUGCUAGAGAGCCAUCACACUGCACUAGCAUUUCAGCUGACGGCUAAAGACAGCAAAUGCAACAUUUUCAAGAAUAUUGAUAGAAAUCACUAUCGGACAUUGCGCCAGGCCAUCAUUGAUAUGGUUCUGGCAACAGAGAUGACGAAGCACUUUGAACACGUGAACAAAUUUGUGAACAGCAUCAACAAGCCAAUGGCGUCUGAGGAGACCAGCUCACAUAGUGAAGGCAGUGACUGUGAAUGUACAGCCAACAUGAAGAACUUUCCAGAUAACCAAACACUGAUCAAGCGUAUGAUGAUUAAAUGUGCAGAUGUAGCAAACCCAUGUCGUCCCCUAGAACUAUGUAUUGAAUGGGCAGGGAGGAUUUCAGAGGAAUAUUUUGCACAGACAGAUGAAGAGAAGAGACAAGGUCUGCCUGUUGUGAUGCCAGUAUUUGACAGAAACACCUGCAGCAUUCCCAAGUCACAGAUUUCCUUCAUCGAUUAUUUUAUAACAGACAUGUUUGAUGCAUGGGAUGCAUUUGCACACCUGCCUGUUUUGAUGCAACACCUGGCCAACAACUACAAACACUGGAAAAUGCUGGAUGAGUUAAAAUGCAAGAGCCUCAGGCUUCCAUCAGAAAACAACAACUGACACUAAAACAAGAAAAACAGACCUCCCAAUCUACCAGUUCCACUGUGAAUUGCUUAUUAACUUGGAUACAAAGGGGAUAGUGUUUCCGUUCAAGUGAAACUAAGACUGUGUGUCAAGAACAAAGUAUUUUAUCUAUCAUUUUUAAGCUUCUCUGAAUUCUAUACAAAAAUAUUUUCAAAAAAGGCCAUAAGCAAGUGCACUUUGGAAAUAUCAUUUUAUGGCAGAUAAGUAU